AUGUUCAAGUGCCAGGCUAUUGUUUUGGGCAUUGGAGGUGUGGUCAGUUGCUGGAAUGCCAGCCACCGGCCUCUUAAGGUGUGUUUGUGUCCAUUUCUCCCAGCACAUCCUCUCAGCAUCUCCACUCACCUGUACAUAAUUCAGCAUCCAGCAGAGGAGAGCAAGGUGCUGCGCACAGUCCCUCUGCUGGUGGCCUGCCUCCCCCAGGACAAGUGCACAGUGAAGGUUGGCCGUCGCUUCAGUGGAGAAAGAGAUGUUGAGCUUUCAACUGUUUGCCAGAAGUCUGGAACAUUAAUAUUAUAUCCAGGGGCUGAAGCUACCGAUUUGGAAGAAUUUCUGUCAAGUUCCCCUGUUUACCCUUCCACACUUGUCAUCAUCGAUGGCACCUGGAGCCAGGCCAAGGACAUCUUCUAUAAGAAUUCCCUGUUCCGACUUCCCAAACAGGUGCAGUUAAAAACUAACAUUUCCAGUCAGUAUGUAAUUCGGAUGCAACCCACUAAUAGAUGCCUUUCUACCCUGGAAUGUGCUGCUGUUGCUCUUUCCAUCCUAGAGAAGAAUGUUCACAUACAGGAGACUUUGCUUCGUCCUCUCCAAGCUUUAUGCUCUUUCCAGCUUCAGCAUGGUGCUCAAAUCCGCCUCAGCAAGGAACAUCUCCUGAAAAAUGGAUUGUACCCCAAGCCAAUGCCCACGAGCAAACGCAAGCUCAGAAAAAUGGAGCUCUUAAUGAACAGUGUUAAAAUUUAGUGCAGGUGUUCGGAUGCGGCUUUACCUGUCAUUUACUGGCAAGAUCAGGUUACAUUUUCAUGCAGUUAAGAUGUGUGGGCUUUUGACACUCAAGAAAAACUUGAGGGUUGCUAUGAAUCCUAUUUAAGAAGGAAGAAAACCAAACAAUGAUGAAAAACAGCAAAAUGGUUUGCUGCUUUGGUGAAAAGAAAAAUUUGAUACUGUAUUAGUUUAACGAUGUGCCUCUAAAACAUUUUCCAGAUCCAUAAUUUAAAGUGUAAUUGGUUGUUGAGCUAUGGUUAGAAGCACUUGUUUAUAAAAUGAAGAAAACUGUGCCUGAUUGGAACAGUAUUGUUUCUGUUCGUGUUUAGGACGAUGGAGUAUCUCUAGUGGAGUAUGUCCUGCAUUGGUUUAUAGCCUUGUACAUGAACUUAAGUUUGGAGUGAGUAGCAAAAGAAAAUUAUGAUGAUCAAAUAGUUCAGCUUGAAUUAUUUAUUUCUUAAAAUAGUAUAAAGGAACAAGGAAACUUUAGAAUUGUUUAAAGGUUAAACUUGAACUUUGUUAAUGUGAUUUGUGUUCUGCUAACUGCCCAAGUUCUUCACUUUUGAACUAGCAUACAUUUUCAUUUGCAGUUGCUUUGGAUGUGUUUAGAUUUUUUAGUUGUCACUGAACAGGCUUUUCAACUGCAGUAAGCUGAUUUUCUUGAGGUUUCCCUAGGAAAAUAGCUGAACUAGACUAAGCUGUUAUUUUGAGGACACAUAUCUGUAAGGAGGUCUAUUUAAAUAUGUUUUUUAAUAAGCAAAGACUUUAAUAUGAGGAAACAAAUUCCUUCAGCCCCAUUGGGAAAAUAUUUACAGAGAUUUUGUAUAAAGGAAAUUUAUGUAAUGUGUAUUUACAUCCAACUUAAAUUUACUACAUUACAUACAUUUUUUGGCAACAAGUAGGGACUUUGGUCUUUGUUCAUGACUGUUAGAAUUUCCUGUAUCCAGUGUUAAAUUGGAAGGGAAAAAAACUAAAUAUGCAUAUUUAAAAGGAAGCUUGACAAGUGUGUAUUUGUGUGUGUGCAUGUGCGAGUGUGUAUGCUGUUGGUAUAUGAAUGUGUGGAUGCCAUUGGAAGCGUGAACAUAAAGUAGUGGCAAUUUCUGAAUGUUUUCAGACUCAUUUAUCCCUCAGACCUUAAUUGAGAGUGGAUGUGUUUGAGUGUGAGUUUGAGUGUGCGUUGUGUAACGGUGGGAGUGUGAGCAUGAGCAUAUGCUGACGGCUGUGAUUCUGGCUGUAACUAGAGUACUAACAAAGUUUAGGAAAACUAUGCAGAAAAUAUUUUAAAAUAUUAAACAUUUAUAUUUCUGUCUUCAA